AAAGUUCGCGCCAUUUUUUAUUUCGGGAGAAGAGUAGAGGCGAGACAGACGUCAACUCAGCAAGCUCCUCUAUAUAACUGUUUCCUCUUUACACAUUUGUUAAACUCACUCGAGUUUGCUCAGAAUGGCACCCAAGCGCGCAGCUGUGGAUACAGAGCCGGGGACAUCGGGUAAAGCACCUGCCAAGCCGACGCCCAAGAGAAAGAAGCCCAGCCCUCCCAAGGCCCCAAAGUGUGGCUGUAGAGGAGACUGUAGGUCAAGCAAAUGUGGCUGUGGAAAGAAGGGGGAGGCCUGUGGGGACGCCUGCAAGUGUAUUGGCUGCAGAAACCCCUUCAAAAUCCUCAAGGAGUUCAACAUCGACUGUGUGGAAGCAGCCCAGGACAAGUGUCUCAUGGACAACAUCUUCAAGAUUGAAGAUCUGAGAGGCCGCCUGGAGCAGAGCCAUGAGCUACAGUGCUGUGAGACUUCUGUACAGGUUUUAUUCCCUGGUGUGGUCACCUGUCCUGACGAUGACUGUGGCUGUGAGUGGCAGUACAGCUGGUGCUCCAACGACUUUGUUGAUGAGGAGAAUCGCCCUCGCAACCACUGUGGCAUCUGUCGCCACUGUGGGGACUACAGGGAUGCUCACUGUGAGAGAUGCAACAAGUGCUACUUUGCCGGCCUGUCUGGUUUCGAGUGCCCAUGCAAGGAUCGACCACCCAAGCCUAAGGGAGGCAUGGGCUCACUGGGCCUGAUGUUGUGGGCCAUGCAGCACUUUGCUGGGGACGACAGCGACAGACUCAGUGAUGAGUCAGAGGACGAAGGCUUCUUCUAAAACUCGACAGCCUGUGAGAUCAAACAACUGUGACAACAGCCCUGCGUAGACUGUUUUCAAAUGUUUUUGCCUUAAGAUACAUUUUGUGCCUCUUUUGCCACUGAUGUAUUGAUUAUGCCUGCCAAAAAUGUUGUACAUGCAUCAUAAAAGUUUGUCAUCUACAGUGAGCAUGUGGCAACGUGACAUUUUACUAUAUUGUUUGGUUGGCCUGCAAUGGCCAAAUAGUUCUAGUUUUUAUGUACAUGCAUAACAUGUGUUACUGUAGAAAGACUGAUGCAGUCUUCCAAACCAGAAAGAAGCCAUAUUCUUUUUAUAUCGGACAUUGGUUUGAGUUAAAGAUUUUAAACU